AUGGUCGACGAUCUUCCUGUUUCUCCAACUUUUACUCAGUCAGAGAUUGCAACACACACAAGAGCAGAUGAUGCAUGGAUAAUCAUACAUGGCAAAGUGUACGAUGUGACCAGCUUUCUGGACGAGCAUCCUGGAGGGCGGGAUGUGCUGAUCGAAUCUGCUGGCAAGGACGCAACAGCAGACUAUGAUUUCGCAGGCCACUCAGACGAUGCGACUGGUAUGCUUCGUCGCUUCGAGAUAGGGGCCCUUUCCGGAUGGAUCAAGGCUGUCGUCAUGCAGCGCGGGAUCACAUCAGCGAGGGUCAGACAGGCCAUUAUCGCACGAGCUCUGCCAGCAAUCGUUAUUGUUGGUUUGACAGUGGCCUACGCCCGACCAGCACUGGCGAGGAUCUCCAAUUGGCUUCCUCAAGCUUACUUUCUCGUGCUCGCGGCGGUGGGCUUCGACGCCCUCUGGGGAUCAAUGCUUCGGAACGGCACCGCGCAGACUAUCGGGGCGCUGAAACAGUCCGGAGUCGUGGAAGAUGGCUCCAAGUUGCGCAAAGCUUACAUGGGCCUACCGGGGGUGGACAGUUCUGUCCAGUCAGCGGUGAUCUUUUACGACACCCUGCUGCGCCGACAGGAUGUUGUCGAUCGGUCACUGUUGUUGAGGACAUGGAGCAAGGGCAAACGCUCUGUCUGGGCAAUACUGUAA